AUGUCUUCUGAAUCUCCUCCAAAGUACAUUUACAAAAUUAUCCCUUCGGCGCCUGAGGAUCCGUUUCCAAAAGAGUAUCCCUUGUCCGAGUUGGACCGCAAUGAUGGCUUCGUUCAUUUGAGCACAUCAUCUCAGGUGCCCAAGACUGCAGACUUGUUUUUCACCAAGACGUCUUCGCUCUGGGUUAUCAAGCUGGAAUAUGCCCAGUUUGCUGAGUCAAUGAAAUGGGAGGGUGGCUUCCCCCACUUGUAUGGCAACUUUGGUGCGGAUAAUGUCGAUUCUAUUGAGAAGUUUGUUCGAGGACAAGAUCAAACAUGGGGUCAAGUUAUGGAAACAUCAGGCUGGCUAGAGUAA